GGCGGUGGCCCAGCGGCGGGAGAUUCAAACCUGGAAGGAGGAACAUGGAGGGCAGAGGAGCGGGCCCGGGCCGGGCGGUGUAUGAACGCCUCACAGCGGAGGAAAUGGAUGAGCAGAGGCGCCAGAACGUCGCUUACCAGUACCUGUGCCGGCUGGAGGAAGCCAAGCGCUGGAUGGAGGCCUGCCUGAAGGAGGAGCUUCCUUCCCCGGUGGAGCUAGAGGAGAGCCUUAGGAACGGAGUGCUGCUGGCCAAGCUGGGCCACUGUUUCGCACCCUCCGUGGUUCCCUUGAAGAAGAUCUAUGAUGUGGAGCAGCUGCGGUAUCAGGCAACUGGGCUGCAUUUCCGUCACACAGACAACAUCAACUUUUGGCUGUCUGCAAUAGCCCACGUCGGCCUGCCUUCGACCUUCUUCCCAGAGACCACCGACAUCUAUGAUAAGAAGAACAUGCCCCGGGUGGUCUACUGCAUCCACGCACUCAGUCUCUUCCUCUUCCGGCUGGGAUUGGCCCCUCAGAUACAUGAUCUGUAUGGGAAAGUGAAAUUCACAGCUGAGGAACUCAGUAAUAUGGCCUCUGAACUGGCCAAAUAUGGCCUCCAGCUGCCUGCCUUCAGCAAGAUUGGGGGCAUCUUGGCCAAUGAGCUCUCCGUAGACGAGGCUGCAGUCCAUGCAGCUGUUCUUGCCAUCAAUGAGGCAGUGGACCGAGGGGUGGUCGAGGACACACUGGCUGCCCUGCAGAAUCCCAGUGCUCUGCUGGGGAAUCUUCGAGAGCCUCUGGCAGCCAUCUAUCAGGAGCUGCUGGCCCAGGCCAAAAUGGAGAAGGCUGCCAAUGCCAGGAACUGCGAUGAUGAGGGCCAGGAUAUCUAUGACUGCUACCUGACUCAGGCUGAAAUCCAGGGCAACAUCAACAGUGUCAACGUCCAUGGAGCUCUAGAAGUUGUUGAUAAUGCCCUGGAAAGACAGAACCCUCAGGCCUUGCUUGAGGCCCUCCAGGACCCUGCCCUGGCUGUGCGAGGAGUGAGGAGAGACUUUGCUGACUGGUACUUGGAACAGCUGAGCUCGGACAGAGAACUGAAAGCACAGGAGUUGGGCCUCGUGGAGCUUCUGGAAAAGGAGGAGGUCCAAGCUGGUGUGGCUGCAGCCAACAUCAGAGGUGAUCAGGAACAAGCCAUGCUGCGGGCUGUGCAGAGAAUCAACAGAGCCAUCCAGAGCGGAGUGGCGGCGGACACAGUGAAGGAGCUCAUGCGUCCUGAAGCCCAGCUGCCUCCAGUGCACCCCUUUGCCUCAGCUGUGUACCAGCAGGAGCUGGAAGUGCUCCAGCGGCAGCAGCAGGGGGAGCUCAGCCAGGAGGAGCUCUUUGUGGCUGUGGAGAUGCUCUCUGCUGUGGUCCUGAUCAACCAGGCCCUGGAGGCCAGGGAUGCCAGCAGCUUCUGGAACAGUCUGGUGAACCCUGCCACGGGCCUGGCCGAGGUGAAAGGAGAGAAUGCUCAGCGUUACUUCGAUGCUCUGGUGAAGUUGCGACAGGUACGUGGAGUGAAUGGGGCCGCCUUGAGCUGGAACGACCUGCAGGCCACCGUGAGCCAGGUCAACGACCAGGUCCGGGAAGAGACCGAUCAGGUCCUUGCAGUCAGUCUUAUCAACGAGGCUCUGGAGCAGGGUAACCCUGAGAAGACCCUGUCCGCCCUUCUGCUUCCCUCGGCUGGCCUGGACGACAUCAGCCUUCCUGUUGCCCCUCGAUACCAUCUCCUCCUUGUGGCAGCCAAAAGACAGAAGGCCCAGGUAACAGGGGAUCCUGGCGCAGUGCUGUGGCUGGAAGAGAUCCGCCAGGAAGUGGGUAGAGCCAACGAGGACACCAGCACAGCUCAGAGAAUGGCUCUUGGCAUGGCCGCCAUCAAUCAGGCCAUCAAGGAGGGCAAGGCGGCCCAGACGGUGCGGGUGCUACGAAACCCCUCCGUGGCCCUCCGAGGGGUGGUUCCCGACUGUGCCAACAGCUACCAGCGACUCCUGGAAGGUGCCAUGGCAAAGAAGCAGCAUCCAGGGGAUGCAGCUUUCUGGGUUCAACAUGACAUGAAGGAUGGCACCUCCUACUACUUCCACCUGCAGACCUUCCAGGGAACCUGGGAGCGACCCCCUGGCUGCCGCCUCAAUACCUCCCACCUGACUCGGGAAGAGAUCCAGUCAGCCAUCACCAAGGUCACCGCUGCCCAUGACCGCCAGCAGCUCUGGAAGGCCAACAUUGGCUUCGUUAUCCAGCUCCAGGCCCGUCUCCGAGGCUUCCUGGUUCGGCAGAAGUUUGCCGAGCGUUCCCACUUUCUGAGAGCCUGGCUUCCAGCAAUCAUCAGGAUCCAGGCUCUGUGGAGGGGUUACACACAGCGCAAGAUUUACCUGAAACGGUUGCAGUAUUUAAAAGCAAACCUGGAUGCCAUAAUCAAGAUUCAGGCUUGGGCCCGGAUGUGGGCAGCUCGGAGGCGAUACCGGAGGCGUCUGGGCUACUUCCAGAAGAACGUUAAGUCCAUUGUGAAGAUCCAGGCGUUUUUCCGAGCUAGGAAAGCCCGGGAUGACUACAGGAUGUUGGUCCAUGCUCCCCACCCCCCUCUCAGCGUGGUGCGCAGAUUUGCCCACCUCUUGAACCAGAGCCAGCAGGACUUCUUGGCUGAGGCAGAGCUGCUGAGGCUCCAGGAAGACGUGGUCAGGAAGAUCCGGUCCAAUCAGCAGCUGGAGCAGGACCUCAACCUCAUGGACAUCAAGAUCGGCCAGCUGGUAAAGAACCGGAUCACCCUGCAGGAGGUGGUUUCCCACUGCAAGAAGCUGACCAAGAAGAACAAGGAACAGCUGUCAGACAUGAUGGUUCUGGACAAGCAGAAGGGAUUAAAGUCGCUGAGCAAAGAGAAAAGGCAAAAACUAGAAGCUUACCAACACCUCUUCUACCUGCUCCAGACUCAGCCCAUCUACCUGGCCAAGCUGAUCUUUCAGAUGCCACAGAACAAAACCACCAAAUUCAUGGAGUCAGUGAUCUUCAGUCUAUACAGCUAUGCUUCCAACCGCCGCGAGGCCUAUCUUCUGCUGCAGCUAUUUAAGACAGCACUCCAGGAGGAAAUCAAGUCAAAGGUGGAGCAGCCCCAGGACAUGGUGACAGGCAACCCGACGGUUGUAAGGCUGGUGGUGAGAUUCUACCGUAACGGGCGGGGACAGAGCGCCCUGCAGGAGAUUCUGGGCAAGGUUAUCCAGGAUGUGCUGGAGGACAAGUUGCUCAGCGUCCACACAGAUCCCGUCCACCUCUAUAAGAGCUGGAUCAACCAGACGGAGGCUCAGACAGGACAGCGCAGCCACCUCCCCUACGAUGUCACCCCAGAGCAGGCCUUGAGCCAUCCUGAGGUCCAGAGACGACUGGACAUCUCCCUCCGCAGCCUCCUCUCCAUGACUGAUAAGUUCCUUGUAGCCAUCAUUUCAUCUGUGGACCAAAUUCCGUACGGGAUGCGGUACGUGGCCAAGGUUCUGAAGACAACUCUGGCCGAGAAGUUCCCCAGUGCCACAGAGAAUGAGGUCUAUAAGGUGGUGGGGAACCUCCUGUACUACCGCUUCCUGAACCCAGCUGUCGUGGCCCCCGAUGCCUUCGACAUUGUGGCCAUGGCAGCAGGUGGCGCCCUGGCCGCCCCGCAGCGCCACGCGCUGGGGGCUGUGGCUCAGCUCCUGCAGCAUGCUGCGGCUGGCAAGACUUUCUCAGGGGAGAGCCGACAUCUGCGCGUGUUGAAUGACUAUCUGCAAGAGACGCACCUCAAGUUCAGGAGGUUCAUCUGCCGAGCCUGCCAGGUGCCGGAGCCAGAAGACCGCUUUGCGGUGGACGAGUACUCGGACAUGGUGGCUGUGGCCAAACCUGUGGUGUACAUCACUGUGGAGGAGUUGGUCAACACGCACAGGCUGUUGCUGGAGCACCAGGACUGUAUCACCCCUGAUCACCACGACCCUUUGUGUGAGCUCCUGGAGGGCCUCGGGGAGCUGCCCACCGUCCCUGACCUCAUUGGGCAGAACCUCGCUGCAGAUGGUGACGUGGAUCUGAGCAAGCUGGAAGUGUCCCUGACGCUCACCAACAAGUUUGAAGGGCUAGAGGCGGACGCUGAUGACGCCAAUGUCCAGAGCCUGCUUCUGAGCACCAAGCACAUGCUGGCUGACAUCAUGCAGUUCCACCCUGGGGACUCAGUCAAGGAGAUCCUGUCCCUCUCAGCGUCCAGAGAGCAGGAAGCAGCCCAUGAGCGGAUGAUGGGCCGACGCCAGGCCUGUGAGGCUCAAACGCCAGGGCCACUGCGACGACACCGCUCACUGACAGCUCACUCGCUCCUGCCACUGGCAGAGAAGCAGCAGCGUGUCCUGCGGAACUUGCGCCGCCUCGAGGGCCUGGGGCUGGUCAGUGCCAGUGAUGGCUACCAGGGGCUGGUGGAUGAACUGGCCAAGGAUAUCCGCCACCAGCGCAGGCACCGGCAGCGGCGGAAGGUGGAGCUGGUGAAGCUCCAGGCCACGCUCCAGGGCCUGGGCUCCAAGACCACCUUCUAUGAGGAGCAGUGUGACUACUACAGCCAGUACAUCCAGGCCUGCCUGGACCACCUGGCCCCCAGCUCCAGGAGUUCUGGAAAAGGGAAGAAGCAGCCAUCUCUUCAUUACACUGCUGCUCAGCUCCUGGAGAAGGGCGUCUUGCUGGAGAUCGAAGAUCUUCCCACUUCUCACUUCAGAAAUGUGAUCUUCGACAUCAGCCCUGGAAAUGAAGCGGGAAAGUUUGAAGUAAAUGCCAAGUUCCUGGGUGUGGACAUGGAGCGAUUUCAGCUUCACUAUCAGGACCUCCUGCAGCUCCAGUACGAGGGUGUGGCUGUUAUGAAACUCUUCAACAAGGCCAAGGUCAAUGUCAACCUUCUCAUCUUUCUCCUCAACAAGAAAUUCUUACGGAAGUGACAGGAAGUGGGUGCUGCCCAAGCCCUUCUUAUCUCGCUGGAUGCUUAUCUUAACACUAACGCACUACUCCACUUUGCUGCAGACACCCAGAGCUCAGGACUGGGCAAGGCUCACGGAGUCUCACACCUUCCCCCACUGGGAGGAGUUUGUCUACCUGGCCGCUGACAGGGUCUCUAAUUGGCUAAAGUCAGCUUUGCCCAGAGUCUGGCUGUGUGGCUUUUCAGUCCCAGAACCCCAUGGUUUUCCAGUCGGGUGGUAGGUGUGAACUGCCCUUGGCCUGGGAAGGCUGAUGCUGCCCUCCAGUGGCCACUCCAGUACUACAAGCCCUGCCCAGGUGCCCAGAUGUCCCUGUCUGCAGACUCCCUAUCCCAGCUCCCACCUCGUCAGCAGUGGGUGUUCCUGCCCUGCUGAAACCCAGGCCACUCUGCUGCUGGGACACCUCUCACCCUCACACCCAGGACAGGGGGCAGGCAGCACACGCUAAUGCCACGUGGCAUCGUGGUGGUAAAGCCAAAUGACCCUCCGUGCGCCUCCAAUCUCAUUCCUUGGUUUAUGGUCUGCUUUGUAUUUAUUCUCGCUCCCACCCCUACGCUCUGGAUCCCUGUGCAGUCUCAGUCAUGGUUUUAAUUCUUUCAUAUUUUUGAGCGCAGAGAAAGAGUUCCCAUUUCCCCUAUUCAAACUAAUAGUCAUAUCAAUCUCACACCUUGUAUUUAAAGUCACGUUGAAUCAGAGGCAAUAAGAUUCCCACUCCUAUUUAUGAGCUCAUUUUUUCAGCUUCAUACGGUACAAAAAGCAGUCCUUCCCUUCCCUUCCGCCCUCGGGACUCUUCGUGCCUCACUGCUGACUUCAGUUUCAAUAGAUCUACAUCUUUGCCCCUCUCUCUCUUGUCCCCACAUUACAGCUUCCUGUCCCCGCUGCCCGUCUGAUUUCAAUUUUAAUAAAAACUGUUACCCCACA